CGUGGUAAUUGAUAAGAAAGAAUAAGAUUUACUAGCUUCGAAGGUUUAGUUGUGAACACGAUCAACAUUCAAUCGGUAUUCGUGCCAGUAUUUUACGUGAAUUUUCAGUAUCUCACAAAACGUCAUUCUUACCGUUCGAUAAGUAUUACUUCUACGUACACGAAGUUAGUGUUCUCCGGAGACGGAGAGAGAGAGACAGAGAGGGAUACCGGAAGUAGUCGGUGGACGCCGGAGAACCGGAAGUGGCGCGGACAAGUAGCCACUAUUUCGAAGGAUCUCGAAGGUUGUGAUCCAGAGGGAAGAUUCACAACUUUCUUCCUAAAAGAUGGCCACCGUUUUGGCCACAUUCUCGGUCCUCAAGGAUCACGUGAAGCUUAAAGUCUCGCAGGAUGCUGUGGCCAUUGAUAAUAUGGUUUUCAAGCUGCACUACAGAGUCACGUUUCUGCUACUUCUGAUCAGUACACUCCUGGUGACGGCUAGACAAUUUAUCGGGGAGCAUAUCAGAUGUCUCGCUGGUGCUGCAAUGACCGAUGAUAAGAUGAAAGUAAUCAAUACCUACUGCUUUUCUACAUCUACGUACACUGUGGUGAAACACAUGAACCAGACAUCCGUCGAGCUGGGUGAGAUCGCACAUCCUGGCGUGGGACCUGCGACCAAAGAUGACUCCGUGGUGCAUCAUGCCUACUACCAGUGGGUGCCCUUCGUUCUGUUUUUUCAAGCGAUCCUCUUUUACGCGCCUCACUACCUGUGGCGGAAUGUUGAAGGGGGUCGUUUGAAAGUACUAGUGUCUGGAUUACACAUGGCGUCGUUAGCUCUACGAGAGAAUUCCUUGAGUACCAGCAACGGCAUCACUGUUCUAUCGGUGAACGAACGCAAGGAGAAGAUCCAACAGAUUCGAACUGCUUUUCUCAAUCGUAUUCACUUGAAUCGACCAUGGGCGUACUAUCUUGGCCUCUGUGAGGUUCUCAAUUUCAUCAACGUACUCGUCCAGAUUUACCUCACCGAUUGGUUCCUCGGCGGAGCUUUCCUCGGUCUUGGACAGACUCUGGCUGAAGGUACUGCCGAUGGAAAAGUGGAUCCACUCGAUGUCGUCUUUCCCAAGGUAACCAAAUGUGUCUUCCACAUGUACGGUCCAUCGGGAACGAUACAAAACUACGAUGCUUUGUGCGUGAUGGCGUUGAACAUCGUUAACGAGAAGAUCUAUGUGUUACUUUGGUAUUGGUUCAUCAUUCUCUCGGUGAUAACCGGUUUAGGAUUGCUUUGGAGGGUACUGACUAUGGUGUUGCACUCCAGGAGCGUGCAGUUCAACAAACUGGUGUUCUCCUUGGCUUGUCCAGGGAGGAACAAUCCAUGGAAUGUACUGGCGGUUACUCAUGAAUGUCACUAUGGCGACUGGCUAUUCCUCUACUAUAUAGCGAAGAACCUGGAGAAUCGCGUGUUUAAGGAACUGUUACUACAAGUGGCAGAGGACCUACAAGAAAGACGCCAGCUCCGGUUUAGUCUUUUAACGGAGGAGAAACCGUUAAAAGCUUAAGUGUCAGCCUUAACUCUCGCGCCAUGGAUAAGGGUGAUUGCUUGCAGGGUUGUUUCUUCGUUGGUGAUGUGAAUUUACAUUUCAACAGAUCGAUAAUAGGAUUGUGGACAAAUGAGAGAAUAAAAUUUCUUCUUUUUCUAAUUUCUUAUCAAAAAGAGUAUUAUU